CAUACAGCAGCUAACAGCUAGCUCCUGUGUCCAGGAGGAACCACAGUGGGAUAGAGCCGCGCUCAGUGCGUGGAGGGACUUUGAUGGGAUGGACAGCAUAGGGAGCUCUUUGCCUUCAAUGCCCAAACCUGCAAAUCCAAUCAGUAUGAAGCAGCUGCCUGAGUCCCUGAGUGUCCACAAGGGCUGUGUGGACAUGACCUCUGACCCCGCUCUGCUCAUGGACAAGGCUGCUGCACAGUUAGCCGCUACGCUACAAGACAACAUGCUCCAGAAGAUGUCUAGCCACAACCACGAGCACCUCAAGGACCUGACCUCUCUGGUGCUGAAUGGAGACCACCAGGAUGCCCUCCCAAAACUCUGUACCCCUGAAGCCCCCCUAUUCAAACCAGCCGACGCCCCAACAACUAACGGCAUCCAUCAGCACAACUGCUCCCCUCUCUCUGAGCCUGAGUUGAAAGUUUCUGUCCCACAAGUGGUUCCCCAGCCACUGGUGGAGCCAUGCACUGCCAACGGGACGAGUCUGGUAACCUCCACAGAGGAUGCAAUAAUGGAAACGGAUCAGAUGGAGGAGGUGAAAAAGAGGAGAGGAAGGCCACUCAAACCAAAAUUAGAGCUGUGCCUCAGCUCUUCUGCCACCUCGCCGGAGAUAAAUGGACACUCAGAGUCUGCGGAGGAAACUGCAAAAGCAAAUGAGCUCAAUCAAUCAUCAGAACCAUCAGCACAUCUUGCAUCCGAGGCUCCUCCCACAGUGCAAUUCUGUCCCGGAGAUCUGGUUUGGACCAAGGUUUCAGGGUACCCCUGGUGGCCCUGCAUUGUGACCACAGACCCAGAGCACAACAGCCACCUCAGACAAAAAAUAAAAGUAAAUAACCCCAAGCCAGGCUUACUGUACCAUGUGCAGUACUUUGGGGAUGCCCCUGAGCGAGGCUACAUCUUUGAGAAGAACCUGGUGCUCUUCACUGGAGAGGAACAGUACCAGGAGCUAAGCACAGGAAAUCGACCGCUAGCUUCCCGCCCCACUCACAAAAAGGUUCCAUCAGUUCCCCGUAAGUUCCAGGCUCAGUGGAGGGUGGGCAUCUCCCAGGCCAAAGAGUCUUUGGGCCUUACCCCAGAUCAACGCCUCACAAACUUCUCCUUUGUCUACGAUGAAGACGGACCACAGCUCAACCCUCACGUUUUGGAGAAGUUAGAUUCAGAGCCCAACAAAAAACUGGACCAGGAAACGCAAUCAAGGCUUAGUCCAGUUCUGGAUCCAGCUUCAGGAGGAGAUGAAGGCACUGCAAAGGUGAAAAAGACUAAGCUUCCACUGGACCUUUUUGAGUUUAAAGAUAAGCUCAACAAUGUCAACAAAAGUAAAAAGAAAACAUUGAAAGAUGUUUCUUCUGAAAAAAUGCCCGAAUCAGAUACACAGGUUGCCACCUCAUCUACAGCAGGCUCGUCAACACAAACAGAACCAGUCAACAAAAAGAGGCCCAAAACAUGUCGACCCAAGACAUUAAAAGGAAAGAAAAAAAUGUCUGCUGACAAUUCUUGUGAGCCUAAGAAAAAAAUCAAAGCCAAGAAAGUUUCCUCGACCGAUGAUGAUUUGGACCCAGCUACGCGCACAGUUUCACUUCCAGGUAAAAAAGUGAAGAAAAUUGUCAAAAAGACUGAAGAUCAAAAGACAGGUUCUCAAGUUAAAAAGGAGAGGAAGAAGUAUGUAAAACGGUCAUUAUCUGAUGCUACCUCAGAUAAAGACCAAAAAACGAAAAAGCGUAAAAUUGGCAAAGAUGGACAUGAUCAGACUUCUGAUUCGUCAGAAAAGCAACAAAAACAAAAGAAGAAAUUGGCCAAAGGUCAGAAGGAAACCAAGAAGACAUUAAAGUCCAUUGGGCUUGCAGAUGAUGAAGAAGCAGAGAAACCAAAGUACAAGAGGAAAAGGAAACUGGUCGGAGAAAGUGAAGAGUCGACACCCACCAAACCCAAAAAACAACGACCGUCCAUCUGUCCUGAGACUGAGGGCUCUGGAAGUGAAGGACGUCCUGAUUCUCCCAGUGACAGUUUGGACGGGAUCAAGAAAGGAGAGAGGAAAAAGGAGUUUGUCUGCCAUGUGUGUGAGGGUGCGGGGGAGGAUCUGGUCCCCUGUGAGGGGCAGUGCUGUGGGAUGUUCCACCUUCAGUGUUUGGGACUGUCUCUCAAACCAGAGGACAAGCUGUUGUGUCCCGACUGCAGCUCAGGAGUCCACUCGUGUUUCAGCUGUAAAAGUUCAGAGGGCCAGGUGCGGCGCUGUCAUGUCCCUCACUGCGGUAAAUUUUACCACGAGGCCUGUGUCCGCCUCAGUCCGCUCACUGUGUUCGACAACAAGGGCUUCCGCUGCCCCAUGCACACCUGCAUCAGCUGCUACUACAGCGGCCAGUCCAAGCACCGCGCCAACAAGGGUCGGUUGAUGCGCUGUCUCCGCUGUCCUGUGGCUUAUCACGUUGGAGACUUCUGUGUGGCUGCUGGAAGUGAGACCAUUACAAACACUGCCUUGAUUUGCACAAACCACUACCACGCCAAGAAAAACCAUAGCCAUCACAGCCACGUCAACGUCAGCUGGUGCUUCGUCUGCUCCAAAGGUGGACAAUUGCUGUGUUGUGAGUCGUGUCCCGCUGCCUUUCAUCCUGACUGUUUGAACAUCGCGAUGCCGGAGGGGAGCUGGUUCUGCAACGACUGUCGAGCCGGAAAGAAACCCAAAUACAGAGACAUUGUUUGGGUCAAACUGGGGACGUAUAGAUGGUGGCCAGCUGAGAUCAACCACCCCAGAAAUGUCCCCACAAACAUCCAGCACCUUCGUCAUGAGAUGGGAGAGUUUCCUGUUUAUUUCUUUGGUUCUAAGGAUUACUAUUGGACACACCAGGGUCGAGUGUUUCCUUAUGUGGAGGGAGACCGAGGCAGCAAACAUCAGAGGAGCUCCAUCGGGAAGGUCUUCAAGAGCGCUCUGUUGGAAGCUGAAGAGCGAUUUACAGAAAUAAAGAUGAAACGAGAGGCAAAGGAGGCCCAAGAAAACAGCCGAAAACCACCACCGUAUAAAUUUAUCAAGGUGAACAAACCAGUGGGGCGGGUGCAGGUGUACACAGCGGACAUCUCAGAGAUCCCUAAGUGUAACUGUAAGCCGUCAGACGAGCGUCCCUGCAGUUUUGAGUCCGAGUGUUUGAACCGGAUGCUGCUGUACGAGUGCCACCCGCAGGUCUGUCCCAGUGGAGGCCGCUGCUGUAACCAGGACUUCACCAAACGCCUGUACCCUGACACCAAGAUCAUCAAGACUCCAGGCAAAGGCUGGGGGCUUAUCUCACUACGGGAUAUCAAGAAGGGUGAAUUUGUGAAUGAGUACAUUGGAGAGUUGAUUGAUGAGGAAGAAUGUCACUCGAGGAUCAAAUAUGCUCAAGAAAACAACAUCACCAACUUCUACAUGCUCACUAUCGACAAGGAUCGUAUCAUCGACGCAGGGCCAAAGGGAAACUACUCUCGCUUCAUGAAUCACAGCUGUCAGCCCAACUGUGAGACUCAGAAGUGGACCGUGAACGGGGACACGAGGGUCGGGCUGUUUGCUGUGCGUGACAUACCGGCAGGGACUGAGCUCACUUUCAACUACAACCUGGACUGCCUCGGGAACGACAAAAUGGUGUGUCGCUGUGGAGCCCCCAACUGCAGUGGUUUUCUUGGAGACAGACCCAAGAACUCCAAUGGGCAGCCUGCAGAGCCCAAAAUGAAGCGUGUGAAGAGGAAAUAUAAAAAGAGGAAAACUGAUGGAAAAAAGUCAGAGGACGAGUGUUUCCGCUGUGGAGACGGAGGGCAGCUGGUGCUCUGCAACAAGAAGCACUGCACCAAAGCCUAUCACCUGAGCUGCCUCAACCUCACCAAGAGGCCUUUUGGGCGCUGGGACUGUCCGUGGCACCACUGUGACGUUUGUGGUAAAAACUCGGGGUCUUUCUGCCAGCUCUGUCCAAACUCAUUCUGCAAAGCUCAUGAGGAGGGCGCCCUGAGACCCUGCUCCCCGACCGGACUGCUGUGCUGCAUGGACCACGAGGAGUCCGAGAUCCGGCAGAGACUCGAAACCAUCAUCGUCACAAAAGAGACCAAGUGCAAAAAAACAAUCUGCAGCAAAAAACCUCUUCAAAAAGUCGCUCGGAAAUAUAAUAAGAAGAAAAAGGCAGCUGAGGCGUGACAUGACCGCACACCACUUCAUAGACAAAUCGUUUGCUAACACUUUGUAAUAAGUACACCUUAAAAAACAAAUACUUAAUUCAUGAUAAACCAGUUUAUUAAGAAUGACUCAGGCUUAUUAAAUACUUAAUGCCCAAACCUCAACUCCUAAUGUAACCCCUUAAGUAGUUACUAAGCCUUUCUUAAUAAACUAUUUGUUCAUUAUUCUUGCAUUAUACUUGCUUUAUUGGGGCUAAUUAAGGUGUAGUUAUUAUAAUGUACCAAUUAUACCAUCUCCAUGGCGACAAGUUACUGAACUGUGCCAAUUUUGAAACCAAGAUGCCCAAGUGUUCAUGGACAAUAUCAGGUUUAGUUUCUGCACUGAGUAACAUCUGUGGUAAGGCACCGUAAGCCUUCUUAAGUGAUGGAUGCUGCAUUUUUUUCACCAUUGGACCUUGUUUUGGAAGUAAAUUCUUGUCAUUCUCAAGUAGGGAUUGCAGCUAUAUUGAAUCAUUUCAAAACGACCACAUGCUUAAAAUUUGAUGGCAGUACUUGACCUAAAAAAAAUGCCAAAGUCUUUAUAUUAAGACACAAAAUUUAGCAAAUUUGCAUUUCAAAUUGGUAUUCAUUAGUGCAGUAACGUUUUUUCCAAUGAAGGUCCACUGGUGUCCACUAGACGGUGCUAUUUCUCUACCACCAAACCAACUGCUUUCUGCUUCACUCAGACUUGAAUAAUUUUAUCUCUAUUUUAUAUCAAGAAACAAAGACCAAAUGCUCAUAAUAGACCAUUGGCCACAUGCCUUUUAUUUUUUAUGUGUAUAGUAAAGUUAUAUCAGGCUGAACGACUAUGGAGACACUAUGAGGCCAAUGUAGACUUUUACAUUUUAUUUUAGUUAACAUUAUUUUAGAGUUAUUUUUAUAUGUCUUGAUGCUGAAAAUGGCAACUUGAACUACCUUAAGUAUUGGAACUGGUAGGUGAGGUCUGCAUACACUACUGGGAGAUCUGAACAGCUUCCUCCCUUUAAAACAAAUGAAGGAGUUUCUAUAUAGUUUUAUUUUGGAUUAUUUCAUUUUUAUUUUUCAAAAGGUGCAGUUUAUCUGUUCACGAGAUGCCUGUUUAAAAUUGGUGUCAAUUUUAUUAUAUCUACAGUUUUUGGUGCUUCUGCAAUGGCUGAUUCUGUUAAAAUAAGUGACCAACACCAAACUUGUAAUUGUUUUUUUUUGUUUUUUUAAAUCAUCCAUAUAUUAGGUAAAGCAGCAGUUUUAAAAAGCAAAAGGAGCAAUGAGGUUGAAAAGGUUGAAAUACCUAAAAUAAGAUUGUUCUAAAUCUAAACUAUUUCAAUUGAAGUGUAAAUAUUACAACAUAAAAAACUCAUACCCACUUAAAAGCAAUAUCCAAUUUUUUUCUUGAAUCUUGAGACAAAAUUUGCAUUGGCACAAGACUCCUUGCUGAACUAAAAAAAAAAAAAUCCAUUUUCACCCUGGCUUAUUUUUUUUAAACUGGGUGAUUUAACAACAUAUUUGCUAUAGGUCAAUAUGUACCACUGAUCAAGACUGUAAACCUUACAAUAUUUUUCAGUUUACUCUUCUGCCUUUUUAAUUCCAUAGAGAAGAUUUGAUAUAAUGCAAACUGGUCUAUAUUACAUUAGUCUUAUUUACAAUCUAAAGUUCCAAGUUUUAUCUGUACAUAUUUGAACAGAAGUGGUUAUUUGCAUAGCUUUUGUAACAAUCUCUAACCCCUUUGAGUGAAUGUAGUGAGUUUUCCUAAGCACUAUUUUUGCCUGUAGAAAAGUGUCAUGUAACUACUGUCAUAGUGAACCCAGACUAAUAUGUACAUAAUGUAAAAGUGCCAAUAGUUGAGCCUUUAUUGUAAAUAUCCAACAGUUCUUGUUUUUUUGGCGCAGUGCUUAAACACUUUGUGCAGGAUGUCAUUCUGAUGAAUCGUGCAAUAAAAAGUGUCCAAACAUUUAAA